UAAUCCAUCUUUUUUUUAAAAACGAUUUAACUUUCACACUAAUUAAUCAUUUAAAUGGUUUAAUACUCCAUUAAAGCUGUGAAGGGUGUCUUUUGGGUCAAAGUCUGUUUGACUUCAUCGUCGAUUUAAGUAAUCAAUCACCAUAAAGCUGCUUCAGGGAGAAAGAGUGAGCUAGCUCUGAGAAAAAUUCAGCAAUGGCGUCGAAGCUUGUAGUUAUAAUCGUCUUCAUCCUCGAUCUCAUCGCCGUUGGGUUAGCCAUUGCCGCCGAGCAGAGAAGAAGUGUCGGCAAGGUUGAAACGGACAGGGAGAAGCAGUUUGAGUACUGUGUUUAUGGCACAGACAUUGCUACAAGCUAUGGAGCUGGUGCGUUUGUUCUUCUCUUUGUAAGCCAAGUCCUUAUCAUGGCGGCUAGUCGUUGCUUCUGCUGUGGAAAGUCCCUUAACCCUGGUGGUUCAAGAGCUUGUGCCAUUAUGCUCUUCCUCCUUUGCUGGGUGUUUUUCUUGAUCGCUGAGGUAUGUUUGCUUGCGGCAUCAAUCAGAAACGCAUACCACACACAGUAUAGAAAGAUGUGGAACAUUGACAAUCCACCAAGCUGUGAAGUUAUAAGGAAAGGAGUCUUUGCAGCUGGUGCUGCAUUCACCCUCUUCACAGCCAUUGUCUCUCAGUUCUACUACGUUUGCUACUCUCGUGCUAAAGAUGCUUACCAGAAUCCGUCCUACUGAAAAAGUCAACUCCUAUAGCAAGCAACGUAAAGCAUUCAGGGUUGGGGAGAACUAUCUUUUCGUGGUCGCUGUGUUUGUUUUAGUAUCCAGAGUUACUUUAUCCUUGUAGGAUGUUUAGAUUUUAUGUUGUCUCUUAAGGAAACACUGAUAUGUGUGGUUGUUACUUGUGAUAUCGUGAGAUACAUUGUUAAUUCGUUAUGUCGUCUGUUAUAAUGUGUGAAUACUUAAAAGAGUAGAAGACAUUGUUUGUUAUAUUGGUAUGGGUUUGCAUGAUUAUGAUGUUUUUAUGA